UAGUGCUGGUAAACACACUCUAGUGGGGAAAUUGCACACACUCCCACCAACCAUUGCCAUUGCUAAAGGAGCACGGGAAGAAGUUGGUUGGUGAAAUCUACAAUAAUGGCGAUGGCAUCAAGAUUCUGGGCAUCUAAAGCUGCUUCAUACCUCAAGAUCUCUACUUUCAACAGAGCUUUUGCUUCUGUUGUCAAGGAUCUAAGGUACGCAGACUCGCAUGAAUGGGCGAAAAUUGAUGGUAACUCGGCAACCAUCGGGAUCACGGAUCAUGCCCAGGAUCACUUGGGAGACGUGGUUUACGUUGAGUUACCAGAAGUCGGGGUGGCUGUAACCCAAGGUAGCAGUUUUGGUGCAGUUGAAAGUGUUAAAGCUACUAGUGAUAUUAACUCUCCUGUUUCGGGCAAAGUGGUUGAAGUCAAUCAAGAACUCAGCAGCUCACCUGGCUUGGUGAACGGAAGCCCGUAUGAGGAAGGAUGGAUUAUAAAGGUGGAGUUGAGCAACACCAAUGAGGUAAAAUCUCUAAUGGACUCCGAUCAGUAUUCUAAGUUCUGCGAAGAAGAAGAUAAUCACUGAGCUAACAACGAUGUGGUCCAAAGCGUCAUUUGGAAGAGGUUCGUUUUCAUGUCGGAUUUCGCUUUGGCUUGAUGUCUGAGUCAAUUUAGACGAUGGAUAAUAAUUCAUAGUUCAAAAAAUCAAGAUUGGUAAUUGCAGUUUUCUCUGGAAAACUUUUUUCAUUUAUUGUGUGAAAGUGUGUUGGAUUCUUGAUUAUAAAUUGCACAAUUUGCAUAUUAUUCUUGGAUACAAGCAUUUGCUAUGCA